UUGGUAGAAAAUGUGUAGGAAGGAGUGGGGAUUUUUUUGAAGAAUGCCAACACCCACUUCUUUCCCACACAAUACAUCCAGUGUAAUUGCAGAAAAAAUCCUUUUUUUUCUUCUCACAGUCUAUGGUAAAACCUAUCCAUUUUUAAAUCCUUUUUCCCAUCCUCUCUUUUCCAACAGCAAAAUGAAGCAGGACGAACGAAUAUUUGAUCCACAAAUAUGAAAAUGUCGUUCUUGGGUAUAUCCGGUUUGAAAUUAGAAUUCAGAUCAAUCCAUUUUUAGAUAAAAAAUAUUUUAGGAACGAAUGUGCAAGAGAGAGACUCACAUCGCGAUCCCUAUGCUGUUUCCUUCUUCCUGAGCACAUAUGAUCUAAGAGAGGGCUAGAUGGUUUAAAUGUGUUUCUUAGGGCACGAAGCUGUCAGACCUUUUGGCGAGCAAGAUUGAUAGCGCGCAGGCUUCCAGGGCUCUUUGUUUGGAAUAUAAGCAAUAAAGAGCUCGUGGCCCACUGCCACUUACAGCUGAAGACAACAUAGGUAAAAAGUCACAUUCUGAACAUUCUGACUUCCACAUUUAUGCGUUUAUUUUGCAUUCAUAUAUUUAAAAUAUCAUCCUGAUCGAGUAUCCUUGAGCCUUAUUCAAAUCCUCAAUGUCAUCGUGAGGUCAGACAAGGCAACAACAUAUACCUUCAUAAUUGCAAAUAGAUUAUGUGGAACAUAUUGCUAGAGAUGUAGUACACUUUGCAUUUUGUGUUUAAAUGCAAUGCAAAAUAUUUUUUAAAUCUUGUAAAAAUCUUAUUACGAUAGCUAUAUAUUAACGAACUCAGACCAUUCUUGAUAAAAGACCACCAUGAUAAAACUACCCAACUACAAGAGCGCAAAAGUUUUAUUAUACAAUUUAAUAACUGAAGCUUACGAAUUUAAGAUCAUUAAGCUGGGACAAUACCCAUGUAAAUGCACGUGUAACACCUUCAUGAACGCGCUCGCACGCCCCUGUGCGCGUGAACUGCAGACUGAAAGUCUACUCACCCUUGUGAACGCGCACUCAAGAGCGCGCGUGCAAGGGUUCUUACGCAUGCGUGUAUUUGGGAACGCGCGUUGUCUCACAAAAGUUGGUGGUAAAACUCGGUCGCAAGAUUAAUGGGUUUCUUUUGAGCAUGACGGUUGGUGGAUCUUAUGUGGUCCCAAAUCUGUGCGCGGGGAAUUCCUUUAAGACUCGGAGGAGAUGAAUUACGAAUUCGAGCGAGAGACGGGCUUUAUCAAUAGUCAGCCGUCGCUCGCUGAGUGCCUGACAUCUUUUCCCCCUGUCGCUGAUGCAUUUCAAAGUUCAUCAAUCAAGAGCUCGACGCUUUCACGCUCGACACUGAUUCCUCCUCCUUUCGAGCAGACCAUUCCCAGGCUGAACCCGGGCAGCCACCCUCGCCACAGCCGCCCCAAGCAGAACCCGAACGGCGUGUGCCCGCUGCCCGCCGCCUCGUUACCCCCGGAGUACCCGUGGAUGAAGGAGAAAAAAGCUUCAAAGAAAAACCAGACCUCAGCUGCAGCCACAACCGACCCUGCACCACUCUACUUCUCUCCUGAAGGUUCGCCGGAGGUUUCUGACGGUGGCGGAGGUGGCGGCGGCGGCACGCGCAGGCUGAGAACGGCCUACACCAACACACAGCUCCUGGAGCUCGAGAAGGAGUUCCACUUCAACAAGUACCUGUGCCGACCACGGAGGGUGGAGAUCGCCGCGUUGCUGGACCUCACGGAGAGGCAAGUGAAAGUGUGGUUUCAGAACCGGCGCAUGAAGCAUAAACGCCAGACGCAGUGCAAGGAGAACCAGAACGGCGAGACCAGAACUGUGAGCCUGGAGGACAACACCGCCCAUGGCAAGGUUUUUUAUGAACAAUCAGGAACCAACGCCGUUUCCGGGGCUCUCUUGGAGAACGAGAGUUACGCGUUCCAGCAGAACACUACGCAGAAUGGACACAAUGGAGAGUCUCCGAGCUCUACUGUUUCGCCCCUGAACAGUAAUGACAAAAAUCUGAAACAUUUUCCCAACCCGUCACCCACUGUUCCCGUGUGCGCCUCGACAAUAGCUGUGGACGGCGCAGCUGCUCGGGACAAUAGCACUCCACCAGGCCUCGACGGCCCCAUGCACGACUUUCACGUUUUCUCCACAGAUUCCUGCCUGCAUCUCUCGGAUGCCAUCUCUCCGAGUGUGUCUGAGACGGUGGACAGCCCCAUGGGUUUAGGCACGGACUCAUUUGAUUUCUUCUCGGAGACGCUCACGACCAUCGACUUGCAACACUUGAACUACUAACAGUUUCUGAGCACAAGGAAGCCCCGUUAUCUUUCUCUACGUUGACGGAUGGUCAGUCUGUUUUAAUUAUAACGUUUGAAAAUUAGGCCUAGACCAUUAGUCUGCGAGGGGUUAAGUUUAAUAUGAGUGAUUGAAUGAUUAUUUGUGUUUACAACGCAAAAACAAAAAAGGAAAGUGAUAUUUUUCGUUUUAUUUUUGUAUAAUCUUUGCGGCAGUGUGCCAUAUUUUCCUAAAAUAAAAUUUUUACAUUGCUGAAGAUAAAGCAAGGCCGCUGUGUUUUGCAUAAAUUUGCACAAUUUUUGUGAUACUUUGCUCCGCGCCAAAAGUGAAUUCAUGCCAUCAAACAGAAAAAAAAAAAAAAUCAAAUGAUAAUGUGAAAUAAAUAAAAAGUAGCUAUAUGCUGUGGGAUAACAUGAUAUUCGGUCUACUGCGAUGUAAAAAAAAAUAAAUAAAUAAAAAAUAAUAAUAAUCUUUUUUUAACCUAGUAGACCCCAGAAUUUCUGAAUUGCUAUAAAUAUUGUAGUACAUACACAUCUAAAAUCUCUGGAGCAUACUAAAUCUUAACAAAUGCAAGCUUAUUGUAAAUAACCACCGCAUGGGCUGCGUAGUUUAAUAUGAGCAAAACAUAGGCAGAAAACUAUAUUGCUUGUUUUUAACGAAAAUGGUAUCAGCCGUCGGCCCUAACUGUUGCAUAUUACAUUCCAUUAGGCCUAAAUGUGCAGCAAAAUAAUAAAAAAAACAACGUACAUAAUGAAAGAGAUGUAUGUCCCUGCUGGUGCAUGGCUGAGAAAACAAACUCUCACUGUAUCGGAAAACACUGGUAGCACCCUGUCCAAGAGCUGUAGCGUUCAAGAGUUUAGCAAUUAAAUUUUAUAGCCUAUUAAACCUUCGACAGCGGGGUUAGUGUCGAAGCCGCAGUACGAGUAAUUCAAUCUGGAGCUAGGGACGCUCAUUUAACUCCACUCCCCAUUAGUCACUAGAAGGAAAUUCAACUUGUUUUAGAUUCAGUUCGGAAUAUUUAUUUAUUUAUUUAUUGAUCAGAAAGGUCAUUUUUGGCACUAUUUAUCAGAGCAUGCAAUGGACCUACACCACAAUAAAAGAACAGAAAUACUGCAUGGGCUACAGAUCAUGAUCGUG